CAGCAGAGAGCCUGACGCGGGGCUCGAACUCACGAGCCGUGAGAUCAUGACCUAAGCCGAAGUCAGACACUUAACCGACUGAGCCACCCAGGCGCCCCAGACCACAUUUCUGUUUUCUGCACUCAGGAAAAUGGUACAGACCAGAGAAGACACAUGUCCGCACAAUGUCAGUAUCAUCGGCUAACAGUGUGUGUGUGCGUGUGCGUGCGUGUGCGCGGGUGUGUGUGCGUGUGUGUGUGUGUGUGUUUGUGUGUGUGAAACAUAGAUUUGUUGCUUGGGGGAUUACACAACUGGAGGAUGAAAAGAACCAAAAUUGGGACAUUUGGUAAGUGGAUCAAUGCCGCAUCUCUUACAAGUAACACGUGUGUUAGGAUUUUGUCAACAUGCUUGUUAGUUUGGUAGAAACGUGAUGACUGAUUGCUGACUCACACUGGGUUGUUGUUUUUUAAAGCAAUUAAGCAGCAUUUUUAAUUUUUGCUGCACAGAGAUAGAGAGGAGGGUAGGAGGCCCCAAGGAAGGCUUUGAUGGUGUCUAUGGAAAAUAUUAAAUUGCACAGAGUCCAGAACCCCUCGUAGCGAUCGGGUCAUCAUCAGAGGAUUCAGUGCUUUAUUUCCUAGUGAUUCUGUGGCUCCAGCCCAGGGUUUCUCAACUUCAGCACUGCUGACAUUUUGGCCCAAUUUUCUGUUGUGCUCGGCUCUCCUAUGUCCCAUCGGGUGUUCCGCGGCACCCCUGAGCACUCCCCCCACCAAUGAUAACGCAAAAUGUCUCUAAGUAUCGCCAUCCCCUCGGGGGGUGAAAUUGCCUCUAGUUGAGAACCUCUGGUCUUCCUCAGAGGUGACAGUCCUAUGGAAAUAAUGGGUGACAGUGUGGGACCCCUGCUCUAUGAAUCAUCACAUCGUGCUUGGGUUGAGGGGUUCCUUGGUCCAGUAUUAAUAUUUAAUAUUUUCCAAGGGUGUUGUGUGCAAUACAGCAUCCAGUGGGUGCUGACACGUGCUGUGUAAAGGAAGGGCUCUUGGGGAGGGCUGGCUGCAGGGCUUUCCAGAGCCUUUACUGUCUCCCCACAUCUGCGGCUCGCCCAGAGAGGUUAUAGUUUGCAGCCCUUUCCACAUUUACUAACAAACCCGUGAGGUCUGUUAGUCAUUCUGGUGCUUAGCUUAUGUCCGGGACUAGAAUCGGGGAAUUGUAGCCCAAGCGGAAGGGAUCCACUCGUUCCGACUUGAGUCUGAGGACCCCUUAGACUAGGGAUGGUUCGCGCACUCCUCUCCAGAGUGUGCAAUCUACUCACAUCUCUGGGGAUCGGUCUUAACAGAUCGGAUCUGUUGUGAAGUCAGAGAAGCAAGUUUCCACCUGACGUCACAGUCUCCGCUCCUGGACUGUCCUUCCAGGUCGCCAGAGGCAUCUAGCCCAUUCUGUUAAGCCAUCCAAAAUCAACAAGCUCUGAGCUUUGGCGGCACAAGAUGUACCAAGAACAGCUCAACCUUACCUCCCUGGACGCGCCACUACAGCUCCAACUUGACGCCAGCUGGAUCCAGUUCCACCUGGGGAUCAGCCGCCACGGGCUGUACCCCCGGUCCAGCCCUGUCGUCCGCCAACUGCUCCAGGACAUGAGGCGCUCUCCCACCAUCAGCGCUGAUUACAGUCAGGACGAGAAAGCCCUGCUUGGGGCUUGUGACUGCACCCAGAUUGUGAAACCCAGUGGGGUCCACCUCAAGCUGGUUCUGAGGUUCUCAGACUUCGGGAAGGCCAUGUUCAAACCCAUGAGACAGCAGCGACAUGAAGAGACACCCGCCGACUUCUUCUAUUUCAUCGACUUCCAGAGACACAACGCUGAGAUUGCAGCUUUCCACCUGGACAGGAUUCUGGACUUCCGACGAGUGCCACCCACAGUGGGGAGGCUAGUCAAUGUCACCAAGGAAAUCCUAGAGGUCACCAAGAAUGAAAUCCUGCAGAGUGUUUUCUUCGUCUCUCCAGCCAGCAACGUGUGCUUCUUUGCCAAGUGCCCAUACAUGUGCAAGACUGAAUACGCCGUCUGCGGUAACCCGCACCUGCUGGAGGGCUCCCUCUCCGCCUUCCUGCCGUCCCUCAACCUGGCCCCCAGGCUGUCUGUGCCCAACCCCUGGAUCCGCUCCUACUCGCUGGCAGGAAAAGAGGAGUGGGAGGUCAAUCCAUUGUACUGCGACACGGUGAAACAGAUCUACCCAUACAACAGCAGCCGCCGUCUCCUCAACAUCAUCGACAUGGCCAUCUUCGACUUCUUGAUAGGGAACAUGGACCGUCACCAUUACGAGAUGUUCACCAAAUUUGGGGAUGACGGGUUCCUUAUUCACCUUGACAACGCCAGAGGGUUUGGACGACACUCCCAGGACGAACUCUCCAUCCUGUCACCGCUGUCCCAGUGUUGCAGGAUAAAAAAGAAAACGCUUUCGCACCUGCAGCUGCUGGCCCAAGGCGACUACAGACUCAGUGACGUGAUGCGGGAGUCUUUGCUAGAAGACGAGCUCAGCCCCGUCCUCACGGAGCCCCACCUGCUGGCCCUGGACCGGAGACUCCAAAUCAUCCUACAGACAGUGAAGGGGUGUGUGGAGGCCCACGGAGAGCAGAGCGUCAUUGCCAGUGACCCCGCAGGAGAGUCGGCCCCGGACUCUGGCCGGGCUAACCCGACAAGCUAGGGGCCGGGUGAAGCCGCGUGUCAGGGACGACGCCUGCGGCCGGCGGUGGACUCGGGUGCGGACCCCGGCUUCCCCGCACCCCCGUCGAGGGGGGAGGCGCUGGGUCAGGAAGUCCUGGGGCACCAGGAUAAUUCUACAGGAGCAAGACCCAAAGGAGAGGGAUCCGCCGAACUUCCUCGGUGCACUGCUUCUCUAGGGCACCUCCUUGGCUCCCUCUUUCCCAGAAGGCACUGCUUCAUCAAGGCCACAGACCAGCUCCUGAACCCACCAGGGGAAUCUGGACAGGAGUCGGGCUUGGAAGGCCGGGAAGCCUUGUCCCCGGGAAAAGGGUAGAACAAAUAAAAUAAAAGGACACCAGUGGCACCUA